AUACACCCCUUUAUUCAAUGCAUCAAUUUUACACACAAAAUAUAUGGCUACUCACACAAUAUACAUUGCCCUGCUGAUUAGAAUACAAGUACACGUAUAGGCUUAAACUAGUUUACAACAUUCAAAUGCUGUGGUCAUGCAUCAAAACCAAACCAACCACACAAUAACACACUAUAACGGGGCAAUUCUGAUGCCAAUGCUUGUUGUAUUGCAACAGUUCGGAUCAUCUCAAUAUUUUCCCAGUAGAUUAACUCAGCAUUAAGCUUUUUCCGAAAAGUACACAUGGAGCCUAAUUAAUAGCUGUUGCGAGGCCAGAGGUUCCCUUUCCCCGCCCCAAGAGGUGGCGGCUAAACGCGGACUGAAUAAUGUAUUUUUGUCCCUGCGCCAGCCUCCUAGAAACAGCCUAAGUUACAGUACACAACGGAAAGCCACACUUCACCUGCGUGCACAACUGUUUAGUUACUUGUUGCCACAAAACAAAUAGCUGCACGCUAUUUCUCGGAGGAAGACUCGUGAUGCGCAAUUCCUGAAGGAAUUUAACUACCAUUGUGCAUUUUUGUUCCCCAUCCAGGGGACCAUCUACAGGGAGCAGGAUGGGAUGCUCCGGCAGCUCCCAAACUUCAGCGGUGGAUACGACCCGACCCGGUGCGAAGCCCGAGGAGAGCAACGGAGCCAGCACAACAGGGGCGGCCAAUGAAAAUGGCAACAUAGCCGAGGACAGCGAAACUAUUCCUGACCAAACCCCUGCCGCCGCCGGCGAUGCAAAACCUGCAGAUGAACCUGUUGCAGCUGCAGCAUCUGCAGAUGACCCUGCUGAAGCUCUAUCCGCAGAGGAGGCGCCUCCGCCUGCUGCAGCCAGUCCGCCUGAAGAGGCCGCAGCACCUGCCGAAGCAGCGGCAGCCGAAAGCCCCUCGGAGCCGGCAGCUGCAGCUCCUGAGGAAGAGAAAGUUGAGGCCCCAGCGAGUGAUUCGGAGCCCAAAGCAGAGGAGGCACCAGCUGCCAGUGAAUGAAGUGCAACACGAGCGACCGCGCGGAUGAGUUUGUUGGGAUUGCCUUGUUGUUGUUGUAUGUGCGAGUGAAAGCACGCGUGGGUGUUGGUGUGUGAAAGACGUCGCCUCGUUGCCAAGAUGCAGACCCUGUGAUGAGACGCUUCCACUCAGGGUCGCGCAGCCAUCGCUGAGCCUCGUUUCCCUCAUGACGACGUAUGGCUGGAAUUUUCUGCUCGCAAACGGUUUAUAAAUAUAUACACAGAGUUCUACGGCACUUUGUUUGUUUUCAUCAUCAGUACGGGAUAACUUCAAUUAUAAACUGUCUCUAAGCGUUUCUAUUCAUCAUCUUAUGGAUAUUUAUAAUCACAGAUUGUCUUGAUUCAACACUUUCUUCAACACUCAAUUCUAGAGGAAACUAAAGCCAAAUUUGAUUUAUUAAACAAUGUUAUUUUUUGGGCAGCUGGCUUUGAUUUUACGACCAUGUUUGUAUUGAAUAUGAAGAGUAGAUACUAUGAAGAUUGUAAAAUGAAUACAAGGGCACAAACAAGAUAAGAUUAAAUGACGCAUUGAAAACUUUG